AGCUGCACGUCUGUUAUUCCAUGUUUGACUGUUUUUUACUGUAAGAUUUAGAGACAAACAACAGCUAAGUGUUUAUUAAUUAUUAAUUUAUCAAUUAAGUGUUUCCUUAAUUGGACAUCAUGUGUUAACAUCCAGUCUGUUAGAAGAGUCAAAGUCUCAUUUGUGACCCAAAAACACCGAAAUGAUUUUUAAACAAAUCAAUUAAAUAAUGUGAAGAAAAACGUUGGUGUCAGAUUCCCUGUCCCUCAACUGCUUCCAGAGACAAAAGUUAACUUUAUUUCAGACUUGUUGGUUCUUAUCAGUAUAAAAGUUAAAAAUAAACAGAACAAUAAUAUAGAAACACAAUCGUCCCACAAAUCCACAGGGAUUAAAACACAGGCACCAUCUGCUCCAGAUGAUUCUCAGUAGAAAACCUUCAGUCAGUUAAUCAACUUAAACUUUAUGCACACGACAAACGACCUGUGACAGAACACAGAGGGAACAGUUUCUCUCUUGUGUCUGGAGCUGCAGACACGAUGAACUUCCAUGUUUCAUAGAUAAUCAGAUAAUGGGGAUUAUAAACUUUAUGUUAAUGCAGCUCAUCAACUCAUCGUGAGAAAUAAACUAGGUUUUAAAAUAUAGUAAAAUCUUCAGAAUGUUUUGUUCUCAUUCAUUAGUGCCAGUAACCAGGGGACAGUGUUUGUAAAGGGCAACGUGACCUGAUUUGAGGAGUAUUCUUCUCUAAUUAUAUUCCACAUCACCGGGGAAUAUGUUUCCAUACAGUCAGGUCACUUAUUACAGUUCUACUUUUUUCAGCUAAUUGUGGUGUGUCACUCACUCGGUGGAAUUACCUUAAACUAUAACACCUCCCCUGGGAGACGAUGUGUAUCACUUUCAUUUGUGUUAAAGCCAGAAACUAAUCUGAGAGUCUCCACAUGAGAAAACAAUAAAGAAUAAACAGGAAGAGAAAGAUGAGGAGAAGAAACCAAGAGAGGAGGAGAUUCAAGAGAGAUCCAACUUUACAUUUAUCAUAAAAUAUGAUGAUUUUCAUAACAACGCUCCACAAAGUUUCUCAUGCAUCUGGAUUUUACCUGAAACUGUGUCACAGGGCUAACAGUCUCAUUAUGGGACGACCAUUUUCUAAUUUGUCUCUCAGUCUCCCCCCUCCCUCUCUGUCUCUCCUCUGGAUGUCUCCCCUCCCUUAUCUUCCAGUUACAGAAUAGGAGCAGGAGCUCACUCUGUCCUGGACACUCUGAGUCCUCCACCUCCUGCUCUGUCCUCCUGAAUCCAACAGAGAUCCUGGACCUCCACCUGCACCUGCACCUGCACCUGCACCUCGCUCUGCUCAGCUCUGUCUCAACAGUUUCUGAAGAGGAUGCAGCGGCUCAGGGAAGGCGUUCACAUACGCACCAUGAAGGCAAAGAGGAAAGUGGAGGAGAUCUCUAAAGAGGACGUCCAGGCUUUCCUGAAGAAGAACGCCUUUGUGCUCUUCACAGUUGGGGCAGUUGUUGUGGGUAUUGUUCUGGGAUUUGCGCUGCGUCCCUACAAGAUGACCUAUCGAGAGGUGAAGUACUUCUCGUUCCCUGGAGAGCUGCUGAUGAGGAUGCUUCAGAUGCUGGUUCUGCCCUUACUGGUCUCCAGUCUGAUAACAGGAAUGGCAGCUUUAGACAGCAAAGCCUCAGGAAAGAUGGGCAUGAGAGCCGUGAUCUACUACAUGACCACGACCUUCAUCGCAGUCUUCAUCGGCAUCAUAAUCGUCCUCAUCAUCCACCCGGGAAAAGGAUCCAAAGCUGAGUUUGGAAAGCAACAGAAGAUAGAGCAAGUCAGUCCUGCUGAUGCCUUCUUAGAUCUGAUCAGGAACAUGUUUCCACCAAACUUGGUCCAAGCCUGCACUCAGCAGUUCAAAACCAGAUAUGGAAAGCGAGUUGUCCAUGUGACCGUGACGAUGAACGACACCCUCUUCAACUCAACCAAUGGCACCCAGGAGGUCAUGGAGAUCACCCGGGAGGAGGUGAUCCCGGUGCCGGGUCAGGUGAACGGGGUCAAUGCCCUCGGGCUGGUGGUCUUCUCCAUGUGCUUCGGUCUGAUAAUUGGCAACAUGAAGGAGCAGGGCCAGCUCCUGAGGGAUUUCUUCGACAGCCUCAAUGAGGCGAUCAUGCGCCUGGUCGCCAUCAUCAUGUGGUAUGCCCCGAUUGGGAUCCUGUUCCUCAUCGCGGGAAAGAUCGUGGAGAUGGAUGACCUGACACAGAUGGGAGGCCAGCUGGGCAUGUACACCAUCACAGUCAUCAUCGGCCUACUGAUCCACGGCGUUCUGAUUCUUCCCACUCUUUAUUUUGUCAUCACUCGGCAGAACCCCUUCAUCUUCAUUGCCGGGCUCCUGCAGGCUCUGGUAACGGCCCUGGGGACGUCGUCCAGCUCAGCCACUCUGCCCGUCACCUUCAAAUGCCUGGAGGAGAACAACAAGAUCGAUAAGCGAAUCACACGCUUCGUGCUGCCAGUGGGCGCCACCAUCAACAUGGACGGAACCGCUCUGUAUGAAGCACUGGCGGCCAUCUUUAUUGCUCAGGUUAACAACAUGGAGAUGAACUUUGGCCAGAUCAUCACAAUAAGUAUUACAGCGACAGCCGCCAGUAUCGGAGCUGCCGGAAUCCCUCAGGCCGGCCUGGUCACCAUGGUGAUCGUACUAACCUCUGUUGGACUCCCGACUGAUGACAUCACUCUCAUCAUUGCAGUCGACUGGUUUCUGGAUCGUCUGCGCACCACCACCAACGUCUUGGGGGAUUCGAUCGGCGCCGGCAUCGUGGAGUUCUUGUCUCGACACGAGCUCCGCAGCAAAGACGUGGAGAUGGGAAACUCGGUGCUGGAGGAGAAGGAGAGGAAGAAACCGUACAAGCUCAUCUCCCAGGAUAGUGAUUUUGAAAAUGAUAAACGUGCUCACAGCGAAUCCCACAUGUAGUUCAACCUUCAACAUCUGUCACAUCUGUUCGGUUCACUUCAUUCAUGCUCAGCGUUAAAUACGCAAACUUACAGAACCCUCUGUCCGCACUCUGCCGUCAUUCCAUCCAGAUUGUGCUCAUCCUUCGAAAGUUUACCGAUGCGCACGAAACAAACGAGACAGAGCAGUUCCAUUAGAAAUCAUGAGGGGGCAGCGUAGCCGAUAGUUCAGACGGUCUGAAGACACGAGGAAGACAUUUCAACCAAGGUGGAACUUUGAGAUGAGAAACUGAAGGAUGGUUACGAUGUCUAUGCUAAACAACAUGAUGACACCUGAACCUGUGGGCAGGGAUGGUGACCUCGUUUGAAACUAACAAUUCUCUUUCGUACGUAAAAGCAGCGUAAACGAGCCUCGUUUGUUCUAUUAACGUUAUUUUUGUGUCAUUAAAGGAAUUUCGUACGUUCCUCCGUCAUCCUUGAUGUAAGCUUCUGUCACGUGUUUCAAAUAGGAGCGCUAGUUUCUAUUCCUUAUGUUUACAACUUGAAUAAAUAUUUAAAAACAAACUUUAUAUGACCCUGAUGUGGAAGCGGAGGUGAAAGUUUUUAAAUAAACUACAAAGUUAAGUGGCUGCUGGGUAAAAAACCAGAGAGUGAUUAACCUAUGAAGGAAUUAUAAAUUCAAACUUGAGUCAUUCUGUCUCCAGGAUUAUUAAAUUGAUUUAAAUCCAGACAUUUAUUUCCCCAACAGCUGAUUAAUAAUAUUGUGGUUAUUAGUUUAUUAGACAUUUUAUCAUUUAAUGUCUCAGCGUUAGAGACUCUUUCAUUAAUCUAGAAACACAAAUGUGAGCCUUUAAAUUUUGCCAGUGACCUGCUGAACUUUUUACCAACACAGUUCUUUGACUGUAGAUUUGACUGUGAAUGUUUAAUACAUGUUAAAGUCUGAUUUCAUUGUGGAGACACACGAUA